CAGUGCGUCACCCAGUCUUCCACUGCCCUGCCAAGAAUGCAACGACCCCAGAACCCGUAGCGGUCUUGCUUAUAAAUAGGCCUCUCUCUUCACUUGCAGCGCUCCAUCCAUCGACAGCAUCGGAGCGCUCGCAAAAACCUCCACACCUUCCUGAAAUAGUAGCCACUAGCUUCUUGAGCUGCUCCCCCUAGCUUUGACCCAUCCAUCGAGCUCCUUGCUUUGCUUCCUGAUCAUAUAUAUAUAUAUAUACACUCUAACUAGCUAGUUCUAUCAUAAGUAUCAGCCUUCCACACGGAUAUACAGGAUUUGUAUAGCUAGCUAUACCAGCUCGAUCAGCACCGUAACUGAUGGAGUUUGACCUGCUCAAUUACAGCCCGGAAGCGCAGCUUGAGCUGAUGAACACGAUGCUCCAGCUGGAGCAGCUCACUGCGCUGGACGCCCAUCAGUCGUCGCCGAUGGCACCUGUCUCGCCGCCGAUAUCCCCGGUGCAAACCCAUGCAGGUCAUCACAACAGCUUCUCACCGCCUCCGCCACACAUGUCGACGAUCACGACCACCACCGCCGGGUACCCAGCAGAGCAGUACCACACACCGCCGGCGGCCGCCCUGUACGCGGCCGCUACCGGCGGCAGCCUCGAUCACCUCCAGGACUGCUACGUGCUGUCGUCGUCCCCGGGCCCCGACAACAACAACAACAACAACGGCGGCGCCGCGGCCGCGGCCGCGCUGCAGCAGGCCAUGGGGUCGUCGUCGCCGACGUCGGCGGACGCGAUGCGGGAGGCCAUCUUCCACAUCGCCGCGCUGCAGCCGGUGGAGAUCGACCCGGAGGCGGUGCGUCCCCCUAAGCGCCGGAACGUGCGCAUCUCCAAAGACCCGCAGAGCGUGGCGGCGCGGCUGCGGCGGGAGCGCAUCAGCGAGCGCAUCCGCACCCUGCAGCGCCUCGUGCCGGGGGGCACCAAGAUGGACACGGCGUCCAUGCUGGACGAGGCCAUCCACUACGUCAAGUUCCUCAAGUCCCAGGUGCAGUCCCUGGAGCGCGCCGCCGCCGCCACCCACCGCGCCGCCGCGCUCGGCGCCGCCUACCCGGCCUUCCACGCGCCGUGGCAGUACGCGCUGCCCCACGGCGACAUGUGACGACGAGAACGAGAACGCACGCAUCACUCUCGAUCGAUUGUUACCAUCGAUCGAUCGAGCUAGCGCGCGCGCGCGCGCGUCGGUUGGCGAUCUCGACGGGGACGACGACGGCAUCUGCUGAUGCUCUUGUAGUGUUGUGUGUGUGUGUGCAUCAGCUAGCGCUAGAGCAUGAUGAUCGCAUGCUUGUGUAAAGAUGUAGGAGCUAGCCUUGAUACAUUUAUUGCUGUAGCUGCAUACGGCAUACGACGUGGUUGCUUUGCUCCAAUUUUUUUUGUUGGAGUCGUAGCCCGUGCAUGCUCGUAGUGAGUACGUACGUACGUACGUGCGUAGGCUGUACAUUUACAUUGUACCCCCUUGUUGUUUUCUUCUAUCCAUGGAGUGCUUCAUCUUCAUCAUCUUCGCACGCUAGCGAUCGAUGGAGCGAGCUUUCGCAGUA